AUGUCUCAUAUACUUGACACCCAUCUCACAUACGGGUUCAUCAACCAGACGUUCGGCCCGGAGGGAGCUGCCGAACUUUCUCGUCGCCUUCUCGGCGAUCGUGCAUCGCACGGUCUUUCUCCUAUAUUUGCUCAGGGCGGCGUGGAUAUGAGUAUCAGGCUAGAUGCACGAUACUGUCCCAAAUAUAUCGGUUCAAGCCACGCUCACGACGCGUUGUUAUGGGACUAUCUGCCGAAUACGGGCGCAUAUGGGCGUGUCGUGCAGCAAUCACUCUACAUGCCCCGUCCAGAUGGGACCGCAGCGCAGCGCGAGCCGCAUUACCGCAACCUCUCUAUGCCCAUCUUCUUUCUUAGGAGCCAGGACACGCAGUACAUGCAUGUAGGCAUCAACCUCGCCAGCGCCGCGCAAGGAAACACGGACAUAUUGCUCGGCGUCAACGAUACUCUCGCGCAGUUCAGUUCGAUCCAGAAGACGACACUUGUGCUCGCGCCGAAAGACUUCAUCAUGUACGAAGACCAGCUUUGUCUAUGGGAUAAGAGGGCUGGCGAGAACGGCACGACUCUAGGACGCUUCGUCAAGAAAGUAGCCGCAUGGGUGUGUCGAGCGUUCGAACGCCUCCGCAUCGAUGUCCACCCGUCUCAAGUCUGGCUUGUUGGCCUGGUUCCGGUCUGCACUGGACACUGGCAGGUGAUUCUUCAAGUACACGACCAAGCGCUGGCCGUACCGCCCGUGUACCGUGCUUGA